CCGUAAGUUAAGAAGAGACUUAGGGUUUGGCGGCCCGCCCCAGGACCCGUAGCCCCAGCCGCAGGACCCACGGAAGAUAUCUAUUGACCUGCAACUGCUAACUCAAGACAUUCUCACUUCCAACGCAGCACACCCUCCCAUUUCCCUAAUGGCAUCAUCCCUUCUUUCAGGUAUUUACCAUCUAUACGACCUCUUUCAAGCCAUCCGAGGCGCCAACCCCACCUUCCUCACCCCCCACCAUGUCCCUGGCACAGAUCUAACAGGCAAAUGGAUCAUAAUCUCCGGCUCCAACAGCGGCAUCGGCCUCGAAGCCGCCAAGUCCUUCGCUACAUGGGGCGCCAACCUGAUCCUCGCAUGCCGCGAGCCAGCAUCAUGGGAACUGCAUCCUACUGCUGCCGUGCAAGAAUGCAAAUUCCUAGCUGACGCGCACGGUCAUUCGCGGUCGGUAAUCGAGUGGUGGGAGAUCGACAUGGCGGAUCUCGCCAGCGUAGAGGCAUUUUGCCGACGGUGGCUCGAUAGUGGGCGGGGUUUGGACGUGCUCUGUAAUAAUGCCGGCGUGGUGUCGACGUCAAAGACCCAUAUGACCAGGGACGGGUUCCAGUUGGUUCACCAGGUUAACUUUCUAUCUCAUGUACUCUUGACUCUUCGCCUGCUUCCCUCUCUAGCCCGUAGCCCCGAGCCGCGGGUUAUAUGCACAACGUCAUGCGUGCACCACCUUGGCGAGCUUGACUUGGAGCACUUCAAUUGCGGGCCCGACAUGCACGGUGGCGAUUACGGCAACAACAAGCUAUACUUCCAAAUGUGGGUUUCUGAGCUUCAGUCGCGAUUUCUUAAACAUCGCGAGUACAUGCAUAUUACGAUCAAUGGGGUGCAUCCGGGGUACGUAGUCACUGGGAUCUGGAAGAGCGUCAACGAGGCGGAGGAUACGUCAGGGCGAUGGCUGAAGACUCUUUCGCGGUAUAUCGGGAUUACGGCGCAGCAGGGUAGUCUGGCGAUUACGCAUGCGGCUACAAGUCCGGAGUUGGGGCCGGAUCCGAAAACGCAGAGUGUUGGUGUGGUUGGGGGAGGUGGUGGUGGGAGAUACAUUAAUCGGAUAUGGGAAGCGGCGCCAAAGUUUUACUGUCACGAUUUGCAGGCGAGGAAGAGGCUGUGGGUGAAAUUAGAUGAGGAGUUGCAGCUUCGAGAGAAAGGUCUUUUGACGAUUCUCGGUCUUUGAUAGACCGCUUCCAUAAAAGUGGAAGAAUUGUCAAAUAAUCAACCAGUAAACAGGGUGAAGCGGAGUUGCGUUAAAGUGAAGUCAUGUCAUUAUGUCAUCAUAUCAACACAAAUUGUACCUCAAUCAA